AGACUACAACUUCUACCUCGUAAGUGACUACAGUCACACGACAUACUACAGUAAAGGACCGCUACAAAAAUUACCUCCCAACCUAGAAGAGACUCACUGUUUCAUACCUCGUAAGCAACUCCAUACAACUGCCUGGUAUCAUCACGAAUUAUAUCAGUGCAAGUAAAAUGGCUUCAUCGCGUUUCAAUUCCUGUUCACCUGCGAAGAGGGCAAGGCCUAUCCCCCCAGCACUCGACCAUGGUCAUCUCUGGAUGCAGCAACAGGCCGUUUUGAAGAGCAGGCAAAAACAAGCGACGACCUUGGAGAAGCGACGCCCUUUCGUCGCAGGUGGGAAGGAGCCACGUGGGAAAGCUGGCUCACGUACUCCCGGAACGAUGUCUAGGAAACCGUCGAGGGGAAGUAGCAAUUCUUAUGAUGUCAUCUUGUUCAACGCCGUCUGGAAUAUUGGAGUUCAUCAUCAUUCUGAUGUCAUCAUCUGCACCCCUCUGUGAAGAUUAUACACGACAUUGUACUACAGUAUCACUGAGAGGUGGUCAUGAUCUUCGUUAAUAUGCAGCCUGUCAGACACAUGUCUGAGUCCGUACUGUAACAAUGAAUUAGAAUUAUUUUCUAAUUCCUGCAGCUGCAGCUAACGCGAACACACAAAAACUAACACACAAAACUCAUCAUGUCCCUUAUAAUUAUUCACCGAGUGUAUCUUUUUCUAACUCCUCCGAACACGAACCCCCAGUCGGGUUCCUGAUCUGAGAUUCCAAGAUCGAAUGCUUUACUCUUGGCAACUGUCAGAACAUUUUGAUGGUAGAGAGCGGAACGCUAACCGUAUGCCACGAACUGGAUUGGAUAUUGGACCUAUCGACUUUGCCGCACUUAUGUCGGAAGGAAGAGACGAUACAACCAGAAUUAUGUUCGGGUCGUGAGAAAUAUUUGCAUUUAAGCAUAUAUAAGGACAAGUAGUUUUUACCGCAUUCAUGUAAGUAGCUGUACCAAGUAAGAUUUCACUUGCUAGUGAAAAUGGCAUAAGUUUUACUCACAGAAAUAUAUCUGUGAUGUAAUGUGAUGUAAUAAAAAGCACUGCAAUAUUUCAUCAACCUCGUCUAAGAAAAAAGUCCAGCAGUCUACCUCGAUGAAAAUGGAGACGCGUUCCUCUCCUCACCUUGUGUCUAUGAAGACAAGACCGGCUUCUAGCAAUGCAGCUGUUGGGAGAAAUAGCAAUUGCUUCUAUGCGGAAGCGGAAGCGGAACGAGAAGGAGCAACUCAAGAUGACAGCGAAGAAAACGACUUGCAGGCGGAGGACGUCGAAGAUGAAAUUUUUGACGCUGGGGAUGGUCCGGGCACUUCAAGUGCUCCUGAAAAAUGCUGGGAUGUAUUGCAUCCUCCAGUAAAAAGGGGUGCUGUAGUGCAAUCAUUAUGAAGGCUACCUUAGACCACUCUACGUUAAUCUACGUAUUUUACAGCUGUUAGCUGUAACUGAGUAUAUUAGCACAAUCUGAGUAUCUUAGCACCUUCACUUUCCUUCAGUCCGGCCACUUCAAGUGGUAGUGGAGCUCCUGAAAAAAGCCGGGCAAUGAAGAACAGCUGAGAAGAAAGAAUGAGAGCUCCCUUUUAUUCAUCUUGAAGGGCAUCUUUGACGUGUUUCCCCCUUAGGAAAGCGGUCAAAGAUGCUCCUUCAGAUGAAGUACUGUCUAAGCCUUAAAAUAAACAGCACUGGAGGAAUUUUGUGCAAAAUUCUAUUAUUGCGUCUACUUCUAAUAGACAGCAAUACAUCAUCAACACCAGCUUCCAAAAAAGGGAAUGCAGUCCAGAACAACCUCAACACGUCUUUUGACCACGUCACUUCUUUUCUAAGGCUAGUUUUUCAGUAUUCAGCCGGUUAGUUUUCCCUCUACCCUUAGUAGAGUAGUUUAUAGAACGGAUGUAGGAUGGACUUGGAUGGAUCGGAUGGAUCGGAUGGACCCCCCUGAUUCUUCCGAUCCUACUUGAGAUGGUGGAAAGUCCAUCCGUUCCAUCCGAUCCAUCCCAUCCCGGAUCUGGCACCCCUAUAAACUGCUCUACCUUAGGUUUAGCCCUUCAAACAACUACUUUCCCGUGUCUGUGGAGUCCCCCUUGAUUUGAUAGCCAAAUAGGUGAAAACUAGCGUUUUUUUUUAACUUUCGCGGACUUUGUUAGGGAAGUAGGAGGUCAAAUGCGAGGCCUGCAGAUGGGCAUUGAAGAACUCGCUGCUUCACGUGACGCUCAAAUGCAAGUGGAGUUACGCUGUUGUUCAUCGUGGUUUAUCUUGUUGCAUUGUUCUAGGCACAGGCAGCAUCUUGAUGUUACUGAUCGUAUUAUACCAGCUAGACUGAUUAUCUGAUGAAUGAGCUUUGUUCGAAACUUGGCGAGGGAGGUUUAUUAGACCUGAAUCGGCUGACCAUGACCAUGCGCACCGGUGUUGAUAGCCAGUAUCCAAUUCCACUUGCUGGAUAAAAAACCCUGCUUGUAGACGAGAAAGCAAGCUUAGAAUUUGAAGCUUUAAUAGAGCAGCGAAACAAUGAAAAUUUCGAUCGAUGUUUCUCAGCAUGCGCAUCGGUCUCACAAGCGGUUUCGACUUUACAGUUAAGAGGGAUAGAAGAAAGUGAAAUGACCGGUAAUAAACUACAUCCUCUCAAGACACGAUGUCCAUCUUGAUCUUGCACAGACUCUGCACUAUCUUGCACAGACACGACUCCACUCGUUAUAAAUAUGUAAGAUUAGAACUAGUACCCUAGUCCUUAAAAGGAUAGGAUAACAAUUCUGAUUCGUCUGUAACAUGAUUAGCACUCUCGUCUCUUGUUCGACUAGGUGUAGGUCCUACUUACUACUACUGCAACAUCAUCUUCAAGAACCUCUAACACAGCAAGAAGUUGGGCAUUAUCUUGUAGCAUCUUCUGCGGGUGGAGGUGGUGCCGAUCAAGAAAGAGGUGAAGACGAUGGACGAGGUGGAGAAAACGAAGAAGAAGCAGUGUCAUCGUCAAAAGUGAGCAAGAUUCUGGCAGAGUUUCAAGAUGUUCUUGCGCCAAAAAGUGACGAAACUAGUGGAGGAGGUGGGGUCAACAAGAAUAGAAGCAGUACUAAACUUGCACCAGGCGCAAAGAAUCCCACGACUAGUACUUCAACUACAACAAUGAACGCAGGUGGAAUAACAUCCAGUGGUAUAUCUUCGGAUCCUCAUCCUACGAGUUCCGAAAGGAGCUUGGGAAAUCUUGUCCAGUUAAUCUCAUCAAAAUUCGAUGCGCAAAGUCGCAAGAUCGCGGAACUCGAGAAGGAGAUUAAAAAAGACGAUGUAGUGCUCAUAAAGCCGGCUGGGGGCGCUAAUACUACUAGUGCGACUACUACAGCAGCUGCUGCGGAAGCCUCUGGUGUGCCGAAUAAUACAUUAAGAGGUGUGGUGACGCGGCAAAUGAUGAUAAAAUUUUGAGUCGUUUAGGUUGUUGUUGCGAAGAUCGAAGUGCAGCAGACUUUUGGGACGUCGAUGAGCCAUCUAUCUCUAUGCGUGUAUAUCAGGAUCAUCAGAACCGUGAUUGUGACUAGUACAACUAGUUUGUUUCCUCUAAAAACGAGGACGACACCGGCAGCUGCUUCUUCUUCCUCGGUUUCCUCCGUUGUGCGUGUUAUAGAUCCGACAACAGGCGAAAUGACGCUGAAGCCAGUAGCUCUUGAUCCUGUAUGGAGCGCACGAACAGGCUCGUGGAAAGCACAGCCAGACCCGGGACUACUUCUUGCUACGGAAGUAGAGGAAAAACUGAUGCUAGAAGUCCGAACUUUGCGGAAAGAAAUUGUACCAACAUAAGCUUAAGCUUAACAUCACAACUUCUGACAUGUUGGCACUUAUAUUCGUCACUACUUUAACUUUGACUUUGACACGGCUUACAGUUUUUACAACAACGAAGACGAAGUGCUGUAUCUAUAUCUUUCAUUUCAAUCCAUUAUUUUCUUUCAUCAUGGAACAACACGACGCGGUUUCGUUUCUAUUUAAGUAGUAAUAUUACUAAACAAUCUGAAGAUGAAUCUGAGACCGAAUGAUGAUCAUUCGGUCUCAGAUUCAUAGAUCAAUUUACUAAACAAUCUGGAGUAGAAGAUCAUCUUCUGAAGUAGAUCUGAAUCUUUGUUUCUUAAUCAACAAGGCCUCACGCGAUGCAGAGAUUUCGGGAUUGUGGAAUGUGUGUCGGACGCUUGAGGCCAAAGUCAGGAACGAAGUGGUUGAUAUGGCGGAAAAGGUCGAGACCCAUCUCGAAGCGAAAAUGGCUACACGGCACGACGCUUUCUCGAAAACAGUGUGGGAGAUGCUGCGGAAGUAGCUAUAAUUCUGUAGCUAGUGUAAAAACCCGCUGCACUGGAAAAACAAUAUGCUUUUCAAUCCUUCUAUUAGACCUAGUAAAAAAACUGCUCUCUUAUUCUUAAUACGACCGGGCAUCCUGCUCCAUGAUGAAAACAAGAUACAACAAGUUUGUUACAAAAAAUCAAUUCAGGUAUGAAAACAUGCUUUUACAGCACCAGAAUAAGAUAUUGGACUUUCGUCGUAACCGCUUGGCUGAGGCCGAUAGCCGCUUCUUCCAGUUAGAGCAGACUAUGAGCGAGAAGCACGACGAUCUGAGGGACAAGAUGAAUACCUUUGUAGACAGAGUGCAAGCGUCUCUUCGUGUCGCUUUGCCGUCGUCUGGUCCUGGUGCUGCUGCGUCGUCGUCUACAACUCUGGGGGUGGGAGCAUCAACUUAUGCGGUUGCUUCCUCUUUGUUUUUUCUUCAAGUGGAAGAUGAUCUUUGUUAUACUUGACUCGAUCGCCUGGCUCCUCUAGAAGUAGUUGUAGUCCUGUAAACUAUAGAUACCAGGUAGAUCAUGUUGAGAAGUUGUGCUGAUAGUGGUCAGUCUAAAUUGCAAGUAGUUCUUGUUCGAAAUUUCGAGGUCAUCAACUUCUUCUAAUUCUCAAGUCCGCUAGUGCGUGCAAGUCCAGUGCGAGUCUCAUCACCCAGGGAGCAACAAGCCGUGAAGGACUCUUUACUCUCUUCUACAGGAGGCCUUGCCCAGACAACGCAUACACCUAAUAUUAUCUCUUCCUCUGGUAUGGAGCCAAAAUCUCUCAUCAUCCAUUAUAUUCUUAACUUUAUUAUUCUCAAGUAGAAUCAGAAAAGAGGAGUGACCACCAGAAUGAUAUUAAUGGAUUUUGGAGGCUUCAUAUCUAGAAGUAGAACUCGAGGUGGUGGACGUGAACCAUUUGAGAUUCCUGUGAGUCGCAUGCUACGUUCCCCCAAGUCAGAGCCAAGACGAGACCUUCAUCAGAGUGACAAUGUCAGCCCCUGCAAUAUUGGAGUGAUUAAGGCAGCUCUGAUGUGUCUCUGUUCUUGUUCUCGUUUAUCAGGCAGCAUUUUCAUCUUGUUCUCGUUUAAGUUAGAAGGUUAUCGACUUGCUUCGAGUAUCAGAAUCAGAAAUCUAUUUGAAGAAUUAUGA